AUGGAAGGUCCUCUACAUUUGCUGGCUAAAUGGCCAAUGACGAUAGCAACUGCUGCUUUUGGAUUCUACAUUGUUGUUCUUGCAAUCUACCGACUAUACUUCUACCCUCUAGCUAAGUUUCCAGGACCAAAGAUUGCCGCACUGACGCUGUGGUACGAGUUUUAUUACGAUGGCCUUAAACGAGGGCGGUACACCUUUAAAAUUGGGAAAAUGCACGAGAAGUACGGCCCGAUUGUUAGGAUCAGCCCUAAUAAGCUCCAUGUCAACGAGCCCUCCUUCAUCAAUGACCUCUAUGCCGGUGGAGGCAAGAGGCGAGACAAAUACGCCUACUUCAGUGCUCAAUUCGGUAUCCCAGACAGUGUCUUCGGUACACCCGGGCACGAUCUUCAUCGUCUCAGGCGUGGCUCUCUCAAUCGCUUCUUCUCCAAGGCGUCUGUCACCAAACUCGAGCCCAUUAUCCACAACGCCAUUGAGAAGCUUAUUUCUCAGCUCCAGGCGCACACGGGCUCGGGAAACCCUGUGGCCAUGACCAUGGCUUUUAGCUGCAUAACGACAGAUGUUGUUACCGAGUACGCCUUUGACAAGAGCUAUGAUUUCCUGGGGGCGCCAACAUUUGAGCCAAAUUUCCACCGAGCCAUCAUCGCUGGUACCGACAUGGGCCCAUGGUUUAAGCAAUUCCCGUGGCUCAUUACAUUGAUGAACCAGAUUCCCCAGUCAAUUGUCACUUGGAUUAAUCCAGAAGCGGCUGUCUAUGUCCAAUUCCAAGAGGAUAUCCGGCGCCAGAUUCGACAGGUCCAACUUAGCGUGGCUGAAGACAAAGUUGAUCGUGGAACUGGUAGGACAAUAUUUCAUAAGCUUCUUACGGGUGAUUUACCUGAGCGAGAGAAACGACUGGAGCGGCUUUGGCAGGAGGGCCAAAUUGUCAUUGGUGCUAGGACUGAAACAACCGCCUGGUCUCUUUCAGCAAUUCUGUUCUAUGUCCUAAACGACCCAAGGAUUCUAAGAAAUCUACAGAAUGAACUUUUUGCGGCCAUCCCAGACCCCAAAGAGAGAGUCCCCUACAGCAACUUAGAACAACUGCCAUACCUUAGUGCUGUUAUCUGCGAGGGACUCCGGCUCUCCUAUAGAGUCAGCACACGUCUCCAGAGAAUCAACCCCGAUGGUCCCUUUUUCGUCAAGACUAAUGCAGACUCGAGCAAAACGGGGAACGGUGGCGUGCGUGUGGUUGAGAUACCACCCGGAACACCUGUUGGAAUGACGGCUGCACUUAUUCACAACCAUCCGGAUCUCUUUCCGAACCCCGACGACUUCUGUCCAGAACGAUGGCUUGAUAGCAAUGGUCAACGUCAUCAUAAUCUUAACAAAUAUCUCUUGUCUUUCUCACGUAGUAGUCGGCAGUGCAUUAGUAUCAAUCUUGCGUAUGCUAAGCUCUAUUUAGCAUUUGGCUUGCUUAUUCGUCGCAUAGGCUCAAGCCUCCGUCUUUUCAACACAACCAAGGACGAUGUUAAGAUUCACUACGAUCGAUUUGUUCCGACACCAAAGGAUGGGACAAAGGGAAUCCGCAUUACUAUCCUCCCUGGUUCGGAGUCCUUCAUAUAG